AUGGAAGCGAAAGUAGAAAUGUUGAGUAAACAACUUGAUCAAAUGCAGCGUCAUAAUGAAGUACAAAAGGAAAGGUUGAUGGAGUACAAAGAAAACGAGGACAAAUGGGAAGAAAAGAAAGCAACUCUGGAAGAAGCACUCAACAAUAGAAACAGCUCAGUCCUUCUUCUGGAAAGGAAGCUGCGAGAUGCUAAUGAUGAACUUUUGAACCGCUCAAAGGCAUUACAAAACGCUGAAAAUGAGUGCUCACGUCUUCAACGUGAAGCAGAAGAACUCAGGCGAAGCAACGAGACCCAAAGGGAAGAAUAUCAAGCUUCUGUCGCAGACUGGAGGAGUCGUCUUGAAAAAACGGUGGCCGACCACUUGUCUUCUUGUGCAGCUGACAUGGAAAGAAACGCAAACGUGGCCCGAGAAAUGCGCGCAAAAACAGAAGAG